AUGAAAGUACAAAAAAUUAUAGAGUUGAUCAAGCGGUCCUAUGACCAGCCAAUAUUGUUCCAUAGGCUCCACUGUCACUUGGCCUACAUUCUGGAAAAAGGCAAUCUGUUGUAUGAAAUAUCUGAUGAGUGGUCAAGAAUACUAGUUCUCAGUGCAACCCAGAGCAAGGACCCGAACCAAGGCCUCGAAAGAAAGAUUCUGUCGUUUCUAAAGGAAAUAAGACCUCCAGUGAGUAGCAAGGAAUCAAGAUUGAAGCUGUGGAUAAUUUUGUACUAUCUUAGCAGCAGAUCUCCAACCCAGGUGAAUCAUUUGGUGCUUUUUGAACUUGUUUCCAACUUCAUAGGUACCUCGCCUUUUGUGGAUGGGCUCAUCUUGUCAAUAUUCAGCAGAGCUGUUACCUGCACCAGCUUUGGCCUUGAAAGUAACAAGAAGUUGGGAAAUGAGAGUAUUGGGCAUCUGCUUGAAAUAAUAAAGAAGAAGUCCUUAGGAGUUCUGUGCAGGGCCUUGGCUCUUCCAUGUUAUAUAAAUCACAAGGUCGAGCCGCCAUCCCUCCUAGACCUAGUUGUUGAAAACGAUGCACAGACCCUCAUAGUUCUGGAAAGAGUAUUCUUCUAUGCGAAGUAUUCCAAGCAUGUUGAGUUUGUGAAAAAAAUAGUUCCAGACGAUGCAGUCUUUGUUAGUAGCUUGAAAGAGUUUAUCUCUAAGUCCUUUCGUGUAAGUACCAAAGAUGGUGGGGGAUGUCAGGUUGCAGAUAGUGUUGUUGAUAAUCUCGGCAUAUUGAACGAAAUAAAGAGGGCAUAUGAAGAGGCACGGGACAAAAAAAGAUUUGUAUCGAGGAUCACAGAGUUUGUGAUGGAGUUGGAUAAGUAG